AUGUCUUUGAUUCAACCCGCCACGAGCUUCCCGCUAGCAGCGCGCAACCAUUCUUGGAUUGAUGCUGAUGGUCGAACCGGUGCUGCUGCUGCCGCUGAUGAUGAUGAUAAUCGAUUCACGACCGACGCCGGCAUCAGAAAGCAAAUCCGAUGCGCGUACGUUAUACUGAUAAUGGGUGGAUACUGGAUUACCGAAUGCUUUCCUAUGGCAGUCACAUCGCUCCUGCCUGUGGUGCUGUUCCCCAUGUUGGGGGUGUUAGGCACGGCAGAGACUUGCAGCUGUUACAUGAACGACACUAUAAUGGUUUUCAUAGGUGGCUUGGUCCUCGCACUGGCCAUCCAGCAUAGCAAUCUCCACCUGAGAAUCGCCCUCGGCGUAAUGAAGAUGGUCGGCUGCAGCCACGCGAGGCUGCUCGCCGGUGUCUGCGCCGUCACCACUUUCAUAUCCAUGUGGGUUUCGAACACUGCAGCCACUGCUAUGAUGGUGCCGAUCAUAUUCGCCAUUCUCGAUGAACUGGAACAGGCUGGACUAUGUCAGAUCUUCGAUACAGCGCCGAUUGAUUCAGAGGAUCCGGAAGAGGAACCUGAACUGGAGCCCACGAAUCUGACCAAGGCUUAUUUAAUGGCUGCGGCGUAUUGCUCUACCUUUGGCGGAACGGGAACAUUAGUGGGCACCGGCACCAAUCUUACUUUCAAAGGGAUAUACGAGAGCACUUUCCCUGCCGCUGAGGGCGUCAACUUCACGCAAUGGAUGAUCGCUAAUAUCCCGCAAAUGGUCAUCAAUUCGUUCCUGACUUGGCUUUAUCUUCGCAUAGCUUUCACUGGAUUCCUCAGACCGCGUAGCAGGGACGCACAAUUGGCGACCAUCGGAGAGGAAGGUGAAGCAAUUACGAAUCGAGUGAUACAAGCAAGAUACAAGGACCUGGGCGGCAUUACUUUCCAUGAAACCGGUGUCGCCGUUCUUUUUGGGACCUGUAUAUUGCUUUGGAUAUUCCGUAAACCCGGCUUUAUCCGUGGAUGGUCCGAGGCAAUCACGGACAUAAACAUUCAGGACUCGACACCUGUUAUAUUUGUUUCCAUCCUGAUGUUCUUCAUCCCAAAAGAUCCCAAAUUUAUUUACAAUUAUAACAGUGAUCCUGCGAAAAGACCAAAAAGGUCUUCGGAAGGUUUAAUCACAUGGAACGUGAUUGAAAAAGAAAUGCCCUGGAGUCUAAUGUUCCUUUUGGGCGGUGGAUUCGCGAUAUCCAAAGGCAGCAUCGCUUCCGGUUUGGCCCAAACGAUCGGCAACGCUCUUAUGCCGCUGCGGGUUUUGCCGCCUCCGCUGAUACUUAUCCUAGUAUCCAUGUUUAUUGGUACGAUCACGGAAUUCACUUCGAACGUCGGUAUCGCAAACAUUACCCUACCUGUCAUUGCUCAAAUGUCUGUAGCAAUGAAGAUCCACCCUAUGUAUUUGAUGAUACCAGCAACUAUAAUGUGCUCCUAUUCCUUUCGGUUACCAGUUGGUACACCACCGAACGCUAUUAUAUCAAUGAUGGGCCGGAUUCCGACGAAGUGGUUAAUAAUAGGAGGUUGCGGACCAUCCAUCUAUUCACUUCUGGUUCAAAGUAUGUGUUUCUUCGUUUGGAGUUCCUGGAUUUACUCUGCCAACGAGUUUCCGUCAUGGGCUGCUGAAACUGUAGAGUCCGGCGAAAAUUCUAAGCACAACUGA